CUGCAUUAUUUAUUUCCUUGAAAUUUAGGGAGGACUCUUCAUCCUUAAUCAAAAAAUGUGGUUCUUUGAGAAAGCAAUGCUCAUCCACUUCAGAGAAAAGAUGAUACCCAUUCUCAUUCAAACUCAGUUGGCUAAUACAACCAAAAGUAUGGAGAUUUUUGGGUUUGGCUUCAUCAGCUGUUGGACUGUUUUGUUAUGCUCUAAGUUCUUCCUUCAGCCACCUAUUUGGACAUUGGACAUUCUUCAAGAUACUUCUGUACAUCAUUUUCAGCCUUAUGAUCUUCUUCAUAAUUUUUUUUGCAAAUACAUGGCAACACACAAGAAGUCACAGUGGCCAAGGAAGAAAAUGACUUCCCUGCACUCCAAGAUGAACAUGUUAUGAUUCAGGUAGAUUCUUCCCAGGUGAAUUUUGAUAAUUGUAGCAUCACACAGCAACGGCUGCUGAACUGUAUGAAUGAGCUUCACCAAAACAAUUCAAACCUCGCUCACAUCCUUUUGAAGCGGGUGAAGGAUAACACCGAAUUGGCGGUGACAGACCACAAUUUUAUCAUGGAUGCACUGCCGCCGGAGAUGAUCACCAACCUUCAUGAAACCGCCAAGUUGAUGGUGGAUGCUGGGUUGGAGAAGGAGUUCUCCGAAGCCUACUGCAGUUGGUGGAGGGAAUUCUUAGAAGAGUGUCUGAUAAACAAAGUAUUAGGGUUGAGAAAGAUAGGGUUUCAAGAUUACAUGAUUGGAAGAUGGAUCAAGGUUUCUAAAGUAGCUCUGAGGAUACUUUUCCCCGGUGGGCGGAGACUCUGCGAGAGAGUGUUUUCUGGAUUCUCCUCCUCUGCCGCCGCCUCUGAUCUUUGCAUCUUGGAGGUUUGUGGGGGAGCAAUGAUUCAGCUGCUGAAUUUCGCCGAUGCUUUUAUAAACAGGAGCCCUUCAGCUUGGCGAUUGUUUAAGAUCCUGGACAUGUUUCAGACGCUGCAAGGCCUAAUUCCAGAGAUUCAAUCGAUGUUUCCUGACUCGUUGGUGAAUGAAACAAUGAGAAUCCAGAAGAGAUUGGGAGAAGCAAGCAGAGACAUUUUCAUGGAAUUCGGGAAUCUGAUUUUUGAUAUUCCUGAUGCAGGGUUAGAUGCUUUGGCUGAUGGCGGGGUUCAUCGGAUGACCACCGGAGUCAUGGGCUACAUUAUUCCUGCUUUUUGGUCUAGGCAAAUCCUAGAGAAAAUUUUAGGGGAAUUUCCCAAAUUUGCUGCUGAUGGAGAAGAAACAUCUUCAUUCUCUACGCAGAUGGAGCGGAUAAUGGAGCAAUUGGAGAGAAAAUUGGAAGAGAAGUCCAGAAUUUACACAGAUCCUGCUUUGCCGUACUUUUUCAUGAUGAAUAAUUUGAGGUGCAUUGAUGGCCUAUUGGGAACCUUUGGGGAUGAUAGGUUCCAAAAGAAGACACAGCAUAACUUUGAACUCUAUUAUAGAAGCUCUUGGAGUAAGGUGUUGGAAUUUUUGAAGCCGGAUAAUAGUGAAUCACCGGAGCCUAAUGUUGCAGCAGAGUCAUUGAAAGAAAAGCUCAAUCUGUUCUAUCUACAUUUUAGGGAGACUUGCGGUGUUCAAUCGACAUGGUGUGUCUGUGAUAAGCAACUGUUGAAACAAAUAAUAGAAUCUGUUGAAAACAUGGUGUUGCCUGCCUAUGAGAAUUUCAUACAGAGGUUUAAGGAUGUUCUUGGUGAGCAUAGUGAUGAGUAUGUUGAGUAUGGAAUAUCUGACGUUCAAGGUAUGCUGAACUCAACUAUUCGUUUCUCGGAAUCAUGUUGAUGAAUCAGCAACAGCUUAAUGAGAAGGAAAAGACCGAAAAGGCUAGGUUGUCUCUUGUGUGAAAUCUGAAAUAGGAAUUACAAAAUUUUCAUUAUCACAAACAUUAUUGUAAAGGAUUUGUGGCCAUGUCUUGCACAUCAAUGUAUGUUUUCUACUUGGAAGCAUAAAGAUAUUUUUCCA